AUUUUUCACGGAGGCUACUCUGCUAUCACCCUUUCGGUGGAACUCCAUCUGAUUCUUACCCAAUUUAGCAUACAGUAAGAAAAUUGAAAAUCACAUAAAAAGAUGAGUAGUUUACCACCGCCUGUUAGCGUUUCCCCGCUUAUUAAGUUCGGAAGAUGGAGCCUGCUUCUAACCGGUGUAGCAUACGGUAGCUUUUGGCAGAGUCGGUAUACCAAGAAAGAGCUCGCAAUGAAAGAUAUCAAAAUGAAAGAAAAAGCCGAAAGGGAUGCCCUACUCGCUCAAGAAAAGGCCCGAAACACAGCUGCUCAGAUGGCUGAGUUAGAAAGCUGGAGCAGAGGAAAAUGAACAGUCAUCUCUUUAUUAACAUAGCAACCAUAGUAUCUUUUAUGUACAAUUCUGUUUUUUACAAUUCUCAACAACAGAUGGGGAAAUGUUGGCCGAUAAUUUUUUCAAGCAUUUUUGGUAUUGUUUCUUUUUCAGUGGUACUGUAAAUACAAUUACUAGAUUAUAACAUCAUAAACUAUG